CUGAAGUUCAUGCAAUUCAUCUUUGGCUUCAAUUCAUUUCGAAUUAUUUCAUUCACACACAACAGAAUUUUGAUCAAAUUGUAUGUUUCCAUUUUAUAAAUACAGGUUCAGUGUUAUUCGUGAGUGAUAUACCCGGACUGAUAAAUCACAUUAUGCCAGGCAAUUUUCUUCCUCAAUUUGAGAUGCUACAUAACAAUGAAUCAAUUGCUGUGAAAUGGUAUUUUCGGACACAUGUUAAUGAUAAAUAUCUUACAAGCAAGGUCACUAAUCUGAUACAUCGGAAUGGGAAGAUAUCUGUGUAUUAUGAGAACAUUCCUACGGAAAUCGAGGAUAGGCAGCUGUACACCUAUAUUCAAACUAUAUAUUCUUGUGGAAAGACGAAGGAAGUUAAAUAUGUAGAAUUAACUGAGAUAAGUGUCCCCAGUAAAUGGAUCAAAAGUGACACGCUAGUGGAGAUUGAACCAAUCGAGAGUAGUUGUUCAAAGCAUAGUUCUACUGACGAAUGCCAAAAUGCGACAACAUCAAAUAUGAGGUGUAUUUGGUGUGAAACAGCUAAUAUGUGCAUUAUUAGCAAUGAUGAAGAUACUCAUGAAUUGAAAGUAGAUGAUUGCCGUAUAAAAAACACGACCGUACACACACACGUGACUGAACACAACAAACACAAUAACACACUUCAUUACCUGUAUAUUGGGAUACCGAUUGUCGUCUCAUUCUGUGUUUUAUGUAUUGGAUGUUUUGUUGGUCGGUGGUUGUAUAAGAGGAGGAACAGUAAUUCAUGAUUCUCAGAAAGUUCAUAUCACUUGUUUUUAUUAAUUUGACCGAGUUGUUUUCAUUUUGUAAUUCAUCCGAUCACUUCACAUUAUGUUGUCCGUUUCAAUUUGCUGAACGCUUUUCUUUAUGCAACUUUGAAUCAGUUUUAUGAUUGUUAACAUGAUAACUGAUGUACUUUUGUUGAUAAAAUAGUGAUAGUAAUUUUUAACAUUUACGUGGUUGUUUUAAUUUAAUAAAACUUGAAUAAUA